UUUCUGGGCUUUGGGGAAGGAGAUCGUAGCCCGUCGACAGCGUUAUGGCUGUGUUCUCUAGCUGCCCGCAAGACGCGGCCUAGGCCCUAUAGUGGUGCGUCAUCUCCACGGAGGAGAAGCGGCGUGACCCGGCGUGAAGGGCCGCCGGGUCGUCCAGCCGCAGGACGUGAGGACGUGCGCGCUCUCGUGGGUCCCGCGGGGGCGAUGGCGACGGCGGGGGCGCGCACGCAGAUGUCUGUGACCUUUGAGGAUGUGGCAGUGACGUUCACCCAGGAGGAAUGGGGGCAGCUGGACCCAGAUCAGAAGGCUCUGUACCAGGAGGUGAUGAUGGAGAUCUUUGGACUCCUGAUCUCACUGGGUGACCAUAAAGAAACAACAGCCACAGAGUCGACCACUUGCUGGCCAGUUGUAUGUGAGGGAGCCUCAUUCCAGGCAUGGUUAACACCCGGAGCCUUGGGGGACUCCUGGUUGGCACAAGAAGUGGGCCAGAAUGGCCCAUCUGGAGUGUGGAAAGGGCUCUUGAAACCAGGGUCAGAGGCUCAGAUGGAGAAAAGGCCCAGGAAAAGGAGCCCUGGACAGAGUGGUGGAAGGGCAGGUGAGGAUGUGUGUUCAAAGACUGUCCAGGAGGAGGAAAAUGUCUUCAAGUGCAGUGCGUGUGGGAAAGUGUUUAACAAGAAACAUCUCCUAGCUGGCCACGAGAAAAUCCACUCUGGCGUGAAGCCCUAUGAGUGCACGGAGUGUGGGAAGACAUUCAUCAAGAGCACACACCUCCUGCAGCACCAGAUGAUCCAUACAGGGGAGAGGCCCUACGAGUGCCUGGAGUGCGGAAAGGCCUUCAACCGCAAGUCCUACCUCACCCAGCACCAGCGCAUCCACAGCGGGGAGAAGCCCUAUAAGUGUGGGGAGUGCGGGAAGGCCUUCACCCACCGGUCCAACUUCGUCCUGCAUAGCCGGCGGCACACUGGGGAGAAGUCUUUUGUGUGCACCGAGUGCGGGCAGGUGUUUCAGCACCGGGGAAGGUUCCUGAGACACUACGUGGUUCAUGGUGGGGAAAACCCCUACGAGUGCUUCACGUGCGGGAAGGUUUUCAAGCACAGGUCCUACCUCACGUGGCACCAGCAGACACACGCAGGGAAGAAGCCUUUCGAGUGUAGCGAGUGCGGGAAGGUCUUCCUGGAGAGCGCGGCGCUGAUCCACCACUACGUCAUCCACACUGGCGAGAAGCCCUUUGAGUGCCUCGAGUGCGGGAAGGCCUUCAACCACAGGUCCUACCUCAAGAGGCACCAGCGCAUCCACACCGGUGAGAAGCCUUUUGUGUGCGGUGAGUGCGGAAAAGCCUUCACCCACUGCUCCACCUUCAUCCUGCAUAAAAGGGCCCACACUGGAGAAAAGCCCUUUGAGUGCAAAGAAUGUGGGAAAGCCUUCACUAAUCGGAAAGACCUGAUCCGGCACUUCAGCAUCCACACCGGGGAGAAGCCCUAUGAGUGCAUGGAGUGCGGGAAGGCCUUCGCCCGCAUGUCGGGCCUCACGCGGCACAAGCGGAUCCACAGUGGGGAGAAGCCCUAUGAGUGUGUCGAGUGUGGGAAGUCGUUUUGCUGGAGCACAAACCUCAUUCGACACGCUAUCAUCCACACUGGGGAGAAGCCCUAUGAAUGCAGCGAAUGUGGCAAGGCCUUCAGCCGCAGCUCCUCCCUCUGUCAGCACCAAAAGAAGCACAGCGGGAAAACCCCCCCCAGCAUGGCAAGUGAUCGAAGGCCUUUCACGAACAUGCAUGUCUCAGUGACUCUCCGAGAACUCCUGGUGGGGAAAGGCUUUUUGAGUGUACCCACUGGGGGAAGCACAUUGCCAGAGAAAACAUCUUCCUUAGCAUCUGGUCAUACCAAAGAGAAAGUCCAAAAGUGUCUCCCCUAUGAGGAGGAGUCUUUCUGUUCAUCUUUUUUGUCACACAUGGACCCCAGGACUGAGGGCCUCGGCUCUCCCUCACCUCGGCGCAUGGUGUCCUCUGCAGAAGCUCAGCCUGCAGAGAAGGGGCCACCUGAAGCCCAGUGCCCCCGCCCACUGAGUGUGGAGAGUGGAGGUGGACCGGGGCCGGGGCCGGGGAGGCGUCUCACAAUCAAUGACUUUGAAAUCGGGCGUCCUCUGGGCAAGGGGAAAUUCGGGAAUGUGUACCUGGCUCGGCUCAAGGAAAGUGGCUUUGUUGUGGCCCUAAAGGUCCUCUUCAAGUCACAGCUGGAGAAGGAAGGGAUGGAGCACCAACUGCGCAGGGAAGUGGAGAUCCAAGCGCAUCUACAACACCCUAAUAUUCUACGCCUGUACAACUACUUCCAUGAUGCUCGGCGGGUAUACCUAAUCUUGGAAUAUGCUCCACGGGGUGAGCUCUAUAAGGAGCUGCAAAAAAGCCACACAUUUGACGAGCAACGGACGGCCACGAUAAUGGAGGAGCUGGCUGAUGCCCUGGUCUACUGCCAUGACCAGAAGGUGAUUCACAGGGAUAUUAAGCCAGAGAACCUGCUUCUGGGGUUCAGGGGUGAGGUGAAGAUUGCAGACUUUGGCUGGUCCGUGCACACCCCCUCGCUGAGGAGAAAGACCAUGUGCGGGACCCUGGACUACCUGGCCCCGGAAGUGGUGGAAGGGAGAACCUAUGAUGAGAAGGUGGAUCUAUGGUGCAUCGGGGUGCUCUGCUAUGAGCUUCUGGUGGGAAGUCCACCCUUCGAGAGCACCUCUCAAAGUGAGACCUGCAAGCGCAUUCUGCAGGAGCGCCCAGUAGAACGGAGCUGUCCUCCGGUCCUUCACGUUCCAUGGAGUCUGGAGCUUCCGAGCACCGAGGCGCGUGACCCUCAGCCGGGGCCACCCGCCGGGGGCGGGGUGGCGCGGCGCCUGCUGGGGCCCAGGAUGGCGGAGGCCCCGGUGGGCCGGGCUCAGGUAUGUGUGACCUUUGAGGAUGUGGCAGUGACUUUCACCCAGGAGGAAUGGGUUCAACUGGACCCAGAUCAGAAGACCCUGUACCAGGAGGUGAUGAUGGAGAUCUUUGGGCUCCUGGUCUCACUGGGGCAUCCUGUUUCCAAGCCUGCACUGAUGGACUACCUGGUGCAGGAGCAGGAGCUGUGGACAGUGACACGAGUCCUCUCCCAAAGCACCUGUUCAGAAACCAAGGCUACAGAACAUGUGGACUGUGAGACAGCUCUGUGUGAGGGAGUCUCGCUCCGGGGAGCGUUAACCCGAGGAGAUGUGAGGCACUUGCAGUUGGCACAAGCCAGGGGUCAGGAUGGCUCAUCAGCAUUGCAGGAAGGGCUCUUGAGCUCAGGAUCAAAUGCUCAGAGGGAGAAGCUUCCUGGGAACAGGAGCCUUGGACAAGAUGGCUUAGGGAUGGCUGAGGAUGUCUGUUCAAGGGUGGUCCAGGAACAGAUUUCUCCGGAAGAUGCUCUUCAUGACUCUGACUCCAGUGCAUCAGAUAAGGAUCCUGUGGCUCAAAAGGAAGAAAAUACCUUUAAGUGCGGUGAGUGUGGGAAAGGUUUCAAUAAGAAACGUCUUCUUGCUCGGCAUGAGAGAAUCCACUCUGGAGUGAAGCCUUAUGAGUGCACGGAGUGUGGGAAAGCCUUCAGCAAGAGCACGUACCUCCUGCAGCACCACAGGGUGCACACGGGGGAGAGGCCAUAUAAGUGCACUGAGUGCGGGAAGGCCUUCAACCGCAAGUCCCACCUCACCCAGCACCAGCGCAUCCACAGCGGGGAGAAGCCCUACAAGUGUGAGGAGUGUGGCAAGGCCUUCACGCACCGCUCCACCUUUGUCCUGCACAACAGGAGCCACACUGGAGAAAAACCUUUUGUGUGCAAAGAAUGUGGGAAAGCCUUUCGAGACAGGCCAGGUUUCAUUCGACACUACAUCAUCCACAGUGGGGAGAAUCCCUACGAGUGCUUCGAGUGCGGGAAAUUCUUCAAGCACAGGUCCUACCUCAUGUGGCACCAGCAGACACACACGGGGGAAAAGCCCUUUGAAUGCAGCGAGUGCGGGAAAGUGUUUUGUGAGAGUGCGGCGCUGAUCCACCACUACGUCAUCCACACUGGCGAGAAGCCCUUUGAGUGCCUCGAGUGCGGGAAGGCCUUCAACCACAGGUCCUACCUCAAGAGGCACCAGCGCAUCCACACUGGGGAGAAGCCCUAUGUGUGCGGCGAGUGCGGAAAAGCCUUCACCCACUGCUCUACCUUCAUCCUGCACAAAAGAGCUCACACUGGAGAAAAGCCCUUCGAGUGCAAAGAAUGUGGGAAAGCCUUCAGCAAUAGGGCAGACUUGAUCCGGCACUUCAGCAUCCACACUGGGGAGAAGCCCUAUGAAUGCAUGGAGUGCGGGAAGGCCUUCAACCGAAGGUCAGGCCUCACGAGGCACAAGCGGAUCCACAGUGGGGAGAAGCCCUAUGAGUGUGUCGAGUGUGGGAAGUCAUUUUGCUGGAGCACAAACCUCAUUCGACAUGCUGUCAUCCACACUGGGGAGAAGCCCUAUGAGUGCAGCGAAUGUGGCAAGGCCUUCAGCCGCAGCUCCUCCCUCUGUCAGCACCAAAAGAAGCACAGCGGGAGAAACCCCCCCAGUGUGGCAAACGACAAAAGGUCUUUGGCGAGUGAUCAGACCUCUGUUGACAUCCAGGAACUUCUGCUGGGGAAUGACUUCUUAAAUGUGUCUGCAGAGGGAAAUCUUUUACAAGCACCUGAUUGUUCAUACCAAAGAGAAACCCCUGUGACAGAGGCGUGUAGCUAAAGACUGAUACUAGAAACUGACCCCAGCUAGGAGCAUUCUCCACCCCAGUCUUCCUCCAGGAGGCCCUGUGGAGUUUGUGCACUUAAGAAACCUCCAGCCACAUCUGCCCUGCUUCACCGUGCAGUGUUCUCUCAGGAAUUUUUAUACAGAGGAGGCGAGGAAAACCACCCAGCACUGCUUUCACACUUGCCCCUUUGGCCUCUGGCACUUGCUCUCAGAGUUCCUUGUUUAUUGAGGUGGAGAGGAUUGUGGUUCAGAGGUGAUGACCCCAGCCAUGUGCGUCUCCUAUGCACAUCGAUUGCUGGCCACUAUCGGGGAGACAGUGGAGGCUGGUCUGGAGACUUGCCAGGGUUUCCUUCUUCCACAGCACUGACCCUGUUCUUGUGGAGCAUCUGUUUUUAUGAGAAAUAGGAAGUCUUGCUUUAUGAAAUACUUUUAUAUUUAGGGAAACGUGUGUCUGCGUGUGUGCGAGCACGCGCCACAUGUGGUGCUAGGGAUUGAACCUAUGGCCUUGAGCAUGUUAACUAGGAGCACGCUAAGCAUGUACUGUACACUCCCACUCCAGGGACGUAGGAGUAGAUGGGCACUUUCUAACCUACCACUUAAGACUUAAGUGUUUGACUUGACAUCUGUUUAUUUACUGAAUUGCUGUAACUGUGUAGUAAAUCUUUAAAUUGGGUAAAGUGGUUCUUUUCAUUGUUUUUUAAUUGAUCUGUGGUGGUCUCUUUUUUUUUUUUUGCCUUCUUAUGCUUAGGAUGAUUUUGAUUUUGUAAUGGAAUCUUGCUCAGAUUUGAUAGAAGCAGAUCUGUUGAUCAGAUUUGAAUUGGUAUCUUUAUUGUGUCCAAUCUCAGUUCAUGAAUGUGGUACUCUAUUUAAAGUAUUCUUUGACUUAUUAUUGUUUUUAUGGUUGACAGCGGCUGGCUCCUGUGUAUUUUUAGCAGUACUGAGGUUUGAACUCAGGUCCUUGUGAUGGCUAGGUCCUAUUAGCAUUUU